CAGAUCCUCUUAAAUUGACAGAACAGCUGAGGUACAGAGGAGACAACAUUGCCUGGGCUUUUGGAGGACUCUAAGACGUUGACAAGGUUAUAGUGAAAUUUUUUCUUGAUAUGCUGCUGUAAAUAUACUUCAGAAAUAAUGAAUGGGGAAAGUCAGCAAAGUCGUUAUUCCGAAAGCUUGGUCCUGGAGGAUUCAGACAGAGGAGGAGUUGUCAUCACUGGAAUCACAGACCCUAGAGUCACUAAUAAGAGUGGCUUGAAAGAAGGCGAUGAGAUUGUUGCUGCCACCAUACAUCUUAACCACCUCAAUAAAGAUGACCUGAUGAAAAUACUUAAGAUCAUGGAGCCUUACGAAGACAACAUGAGUUUUGUGACAAAGCCGGAUCUGAAUGCCAGCGUCAGACUCGGCUCAUUGGACAGUGGUCUCAAAAGUCCCGGGGAUAUGCUCAAAGAUACCUACAGCAGAAUGCAGCGAGCAGGUGAGGCACCAUCUACUGAGGUUAAUGGCCUCAAUGGACAAUUAAAUGCAGAAGGCUGGUUGAAGCAUGAAAUCAAUGGUCCCACUUUGAAUGGGGAAUUGCCCAAUGUUACAUUGGACACACCUGGACCAGAUGGAGGUGCAAAGUUCCCCACCAUUGGAAUAUCUGGGCCAGCAAUGAAAGGAGCAGAUCAGGAGGGCACCCUCACGCACCCUAAAGUCAGUCUAUCAACACCAGAGUUCAGCACUCCAGAUGCUUCACUUGACUUGGAGAAACCUGAGGUUAAGACGAGUGGAUUGAAGUACAAGCAUCCAAAAUUCAAAAUGCCUCACUUCAAACUACCACACGUAAAAGCCAAAGCGCCAAAGGGAGAUGUGAUUGUAUCAGCAGAUUUAGAAGGCCCUGGUUUCAGUGGAGAGCUAGAGACACGAGACCUGAACCUCUCAGCCCCUGAUGUGGAAAUCAAACGCCCAGAUUUGAAUGGGCCAAAUGCUGUCUUGAAAGCUCCAGAUGUUGACAUAGAGGCUCCUUCUGGCAAAUUCAAAUGGCUUACUCUCACAAAGCCCACGUUUGGAUUAUCUGGACCAAAAAUGAAGGGACAUGAAGUGGACAUAGAUGCUGACCUGUCUGCACCUGACAUGAAUCUCUCCACUCCAAACAUUGAUGGAGAGAUAAGCGCAUCAGAUGUAGACUUGAGUAUACCAAAAGAUAUAGAUCUGCAAGCUCCAGAUAUCGACAUUGAGGCUCCCUCAAGUAAAUUCAAAUGGCCUCAUUUAAAUAAACACAAACACAAAGGGCCCAAAGUCAACUCCCCUGGUGUGGAUGUUAAGGCAGAUCUGGAGAAACCAACCGUUGAUCUUUCUGUCCCAAAGAUUGAGGCUGAGAUGAGCAACCCAAAUUUAGAAUUUAAUUUACCCAAAGCAGAACUCAGCGGCCCUGAGGUAGAUGUGAAAGCCCCUGUUGUUGAUAUUCAUCCUCCCAAUGGGAAACUUAAGUUCCCAACACUCAAAAAGCCCAAUUUCAGGCUCUCUGGACCAAAUAUAAAAGCUCCAGACAUUGAUGUUGAUGCAGAUCUGAAGGCACCUGACCUCAGUCUCUCUGUCCCUGAAGUUGAGGCAGGGAUUAACAUGCCUGAUUUGCACACACAUUUUCCAAAUGCAAAUAUCAAAGGCCCUGAAGUAGACCUGAACGCAUCAGAAGUGGACAUUGAGCCCCUUUCAGGGAAAUUAAAAUGGCUUACUCUAAAAAAAACAAAGUUUGGUCUCUCUGGACCCAAGGUUAAGGGUCUCGAAGAAUUGAAUCUCGCCACUCCAAACGUUGAUGGAGAAAUAAAUGCACCAGAUGUAGAUCUUACUUUACCCAAAGCUGACCUUGAAGGCCCAGAGGUAAAUGUUGACACUGAUGCUCAUUCUGGAAAAUUCAAGUGGUUCAACCUAAAGAAGCCCACAGCUGAUUUGAAAGGUCCAGAUGUAGAUCUUCAAGCACCAGAGAUAGACAUUAAGACACCCUCUGGAAAGCAAAGAUUUCCAACUUUAAAAAUGCCCACAAUUAACUGGACUGGACAUAAGGUGAAGGGACCAAAGCUUGAUAGUGAUCUGAAGAGAGCAGAUUUGGACCUAUCAGCUCCCAAGGUUGAUGUGAAUUUACCAGGAGCAGAUCUCCAAAGCCUUGAUCUUAACCUCUCCACACCAUCAAUUACAGCAGACAUUGCUGUUCCAGAUGUAGAUCUUCAGGCACCAGCAGUCAACAUUGAGGCACCCACUGGAAAGAAACAAUUUCCAACUUUAAAAAUGCCCAAAAUUAACUGGUCUGGACAUAAGGUGACGGGACCAAACCUUGAUAUUGAUGCUAAUCUAAAGAAAGCAGAUUUGGACCUCUCAGCUCCAGAGGUUGAUGUGAAUUUACCAGAAGCAGAUCUCCAAGGCUCUGAUCUCAACCUCUCAGCACCAGCAAUUGAAGGAAACAUCGCUGUUCCAGAUAUCAAUGUCAGUUUGCCUGAAGCUGACCUCAAAGGACCAGAUGUCGAUUUAGACCUUGAUGCUCCCUCUGGAAAAUUCAAGUUGCCGAAACUAAAAUGGCCAAAAAUAAGAAAAGUAAAAGGACCGGAACUUGAUGUAGAUGCUGAUCUUAAGACCCCAGAAUUAGCUGUUGAUGUUAAUUCACCUGAAGCAGAUCUGAAAGGGCCCUGUCUCAACUUGAAAACAACAGAUCUCAACCUUUCAGCACCAGCAAUUGAGGAAGACAUUGCUGUUCCAGAUUUCAAUAUCAGUUUGCCUGAAGUUGACCCUGAUGCUCCUUCUGGAACAUUCAAGUUGUCAAAAUACAAACUCCCAAAAUUCAGUUUAACAGGGCGAAGAGUUAAAGGACCAAACCUUGAUGCUGAGCUAAAGGCCCCAAAAUUGGAUGUCUCUGUUCCUGAUGUGGAUGUCAGUUUGCCGACUGCUGACCUCCUAACCCCUGUAGUAGAGCUGAAAACACCAGACCUGGACCUUUCUGCUCCAAAGAUUGAGGGAACCAUCGCUGCUCCAGAUUUGAGUGUCAGUUUGCCUGAAGCGGACAUCAAAGGUCCAGAGGUAGAUCUUGACACCCCAGAAGUUGACCCUGAUGCUCCCUCUGGAACAUUCAUGUUGCCCAAAUUCAAACUCCCCAAAUCCAGUUUAACAGGACAAAGAGUUAAAGGACCAAACCUUGAUGCUGAGCUAAAGGACCCUAAAUUGUAUGUCUCUGUUCCUGAUGUGGAUGUCAAUUUACCGACAGCUGACCUCCAAGCCACUGUAGUAGAGCUGAAAACACCAGACCUUUCUGCCCCCACAAUCAAGGGAUCUAUGGCUGCUCCAGAUUUGAGGACCAAUUUGCCUGAAGCUGGCAUUAAAGGUCGAGCGAUAGAUCUUAAAGCCCCAGAAGUUGACCUUGAUGCCCCAUCUGGAAUCUUGAAGUUGCCCAAAUUCAAACUCCCCAAAUCCAGUUUAACAGGACAAAGAGUUAAAGGACCAAACCUUGAUGCUGAGCUAAAGGCCCCUAAAUUGGAUGUCUCUGUUCCUGAUGUGGAUGUCAAUUUACCGACAGCUGACCUCCAAGCCACUGUAGUAGAGCUGAAAACACCAGACCUUUCUGCCCCCACAAUCAAGGGAUCUAUGGCUGCUCCAGAUUUGAGGACCAAUUUGCCUGAAGCUGGCAUUAAAGGUCGAGCGAUAGAUCUUAAAGCCCCAGAAGUUGACCUUGAUGCCCCAUCUGGAAUCUUGAAGUUGCCCAAAUUCAAACUCCCCAAAUCCAGUUUAACAGGACAAAGAGUUAAAGGACCAAACCUUGAUGCUGAGCUAAAGGCCCCUAAAUUGGAUGUCUCUGUUCCUGAUGUGGAUGUCAAUUUACCGACAGCUGACCUCCAAGCCACUGUAGUAGAGCUGAAAACACCAGACCUUUCUGCCCCCACAAUCAAGGGAUCUAUGGCUGCUCCAGAUUUGAGGACCAAUUUGCCUGAAGCUGGCAUUAAAGGUCGAGCGAUAGAUCUUAAAGCCCCAGAAGUUGACCUUGAUGCCCCAUCUGGAAUCUUGAAGUUGCCCAAAUUCAAACUCCCCAAAUCCAGUUUAACAGGACAAAGAGUUAAAGGACCAAACCUUGAUGCUGAGCUAAAGGCCCCUAAAUUGGAUGUCUCUGUUCCUGAUGUGGAUGUCAAUUUACCAACAGCUGACCUACAAGCCACUGUAGUAGAGCUGAAAACACCAGAUCUCAACCGUUCUGCCCCCAAACUUGAUGAAGUGAAUGUACCAAAGAUUACAAUUAAUGUACCCAAAACUGAUCUCAAAGGACCUGGACUAGAUCUAAAAGCUCCAGAUGUAGACAUUGAUGCCCCUUCAGGCAAAUUCAAAUUGCCCCAUUUUAAGCUCCCCACAUUUGGCCUUUCAGGUUCUGAACUGGAGAGACAAAACCUUGACGUUGAGACACCUGACAUUAAUGUUUCAGUUCCCAGAGUUGAGAGUCAGCUUGAAGCCACAAAGGUAGAUUUAGCAUUUCUCAAGCUAUCUGAUCCUAAUGUUAAAAGUGAUAUCAGUGCUCCAGAUGUAAAUCUAAGUUUACCAAAAACGGACCUCUCUGGCCCUGAGGUAGAGUUGAAUGGUCCUGAUCAGAGUCUCUCUACCCCAGGAAUUAAAGUAAGUGUCCCAGACAUUAAAGGCCCCGAGGUCAAGUUUAAAGCUCCAGAUGUUGACAUUGAGGCUCCCUCUGAAAAACUGCCACAUUUUAAGAUGCCAAAGUUUGGUCUCUCGGGACCUAGAAUAAAGGGCACAGAAUUUAAUGCUAGUGCAGAUGUAAAUACACCUGAUGUGGAAGUUUCAGUCCCCAAAAUUGAGGGAGAGAUUAGUACCCCUGAACUGAGUCUCUCUGCUCCUGGCGUUGAGGCCAGUGCUGACAUGCCAUAUUUGGAUGUAAAUGUACCAGAAGCUGACCUCAAAGUAGAUGUUGAGGGAGACACUCACAAAAGUACAUUCAAAUGGCCAUUCAAGUGGCCAAGCUUUAACUCAUCUGGCUCAAAAGGUAAAGAUUCUGACAUGGACGAUGAGGAAGUACAUAGUAGGGAUGAAUCAAAGCGUGAUCAGGUGGAGGUGCCAAUGUUUACAUUUCACAGACUGCCACAGAACAACAAGAUUGAGAGUGAAUUCCAAGAUGCUGCCGAGGCCCUUGGUGAGGCAAAGGACACGCCAAAGCUUGAAGGAGGCCUUGAAACAGCUGGCGUAGAGGUCAGUUUGCCUAAAGUGAAUGAAGGACCGAAGGUGACAUCACCUUCAGGACUUAUUAACAUCAUGGAGCGGUUGAAUAGAUUUAAAGCAAAAACACCCACAGCUAAUGUCUCCUUGCCAGAAGUGAAAGGUGAGCUACGUACCCCUAGCCUUGAUGUCAGCUCCACCUCAGACGUAGAUAGUUCCACUAAGCUAAAAAGAGGGACUUUCAAAGUUACAAAACCUGAAUCUGGGAUAGGCCUGGAAUACCCUGUAGUGGACUCAGAGGGAAACGAUAGCAUGUCAAUAAGCCUCUCCAAUAUGCUUGGUCUGAAUAUCAAAGAGCCUGAUGCAUAUUACUGAUAGUUUCCAGUCAUGUGAACCUUACACUUGGGAUAAACCAACAUGAUUGUAACUACUUUGUAAAUACAUCAAUAUGUUCAUGAGUUGACUCCAUUUUAAGGAUGUGGUUUGUCUUUAUGUAUAAACAAAACAGAAACAUGUAAUUAUUUGUUUGUCGAUUCUCUGAUAACUUAGUUAAUCCAUAUGCUACAUCUAUAUUCAAACAGUUGACAGCAAAAUGAAGGAAAAUGUGCUCAUUGGCUUGGCUCUAUGUGUACUCAAACGUAUUUAAAUUAUGGUAAUGUUUCCCAAAUGCUGUUCACUUGGAAGUUUACUUAUUUUUUACAAAUGCCUCAGUAUUGUAUCUGUCACAAUUCAGACAUGUUUCACCUGUAAAGGACACAAUCUUUAUGGAAGCUGUCAUCUUCACAUUUUAAGCUAAAACAAUUGUUGAACAGUGAAAUGUAAUUAUACUAUUAAUUCGUUAUUUCCUUCUCCAAUAAACUACU